AUGGAACAUCUUUUUAGUGCAUUAUCCAAUUUACACCAUUCGAUUCGAAUUGGUGGAUAUUGGACGAUACCAAACUUUCUGUGGAAUCCAAUCACUAAUCAUCGAUGUGAUCUAGAAAAAGUGAAUAUGUGCCGUCCAGAACUGUGGAAUCAUCAUGAUGAUAUUAAAAUAUCCUGUUUUGAAAAUGAAUUUGAACUGUUAAAAUGGAGUAAACAAAUUCUAAUUCCAACAAAUCAUCUUGACUCAAGAAUUCCAAACGCUGAAACUGAUUUUGAAAGUUUAUUACCAUUCCCAAAUUUAUUUAAUGUAACAAUUAUUAAUGUUGAACAAUUACAAAUAUGUCAGAAAUCAAGUUCGAUUGUAUGUCAUAAACGAAUGGAUCUGCAUAAUGACAGAAAAUGUUCAUUUUAUCUUUGUCAUACAACACAAUCAACAGAAUUAAUUAACGUAACAUUUCAAUAUGAACCGACAAAAAUCAUGGUAGCUAUGUCGAUAAUGUGUCAUCCAUUAAGAAAAGAACAAACACGAGACUAUCGAACUUUUAAAGAAGACAAAAUCUGUCAUUUUCUAUCACCACAGGCGAACUUUUUUCUGUGUGACAAUCAAUUCUAA